GCGUUAAGGAUAAUAACUUAAUGAAAGUCUUCGAUAAAGUGAUCCGGACUAAUCUGAGAGCUUAUGUCAAGUUAAGUCAAUUAGCCAUUCCUUAUCUCGAAGAAACCAAUGGCACUAUAAUUAGUAUAUCAAGCAUUGCAUCAACUCAUCCGACCAAAUUAGGUCUGCCUUAUGAUAUAUCCAAAGCGGGUGUGGAUAUGAUGACCAAAGUUAUGGCACUAGAAUUGGGUCCAAGAAUUAGAGUCAAUACAAUCAAUCCUGGUGCUACUCAGAGUAAUAUUGGUCCCAAUGCCGGCCUUCCCGUCCAAAUGAUGAAACAAUUUGAGGAUCUAAUGGCCAAACGGGCGCCCCUACAGACUAUAGGCCGUCCCCUCGAUAUAGCCAAUGCAGUCGUAUUCCUGGCUUCAAAAGACGCACAGUUUAUAACCGGUGCUAAUCUGGUGGUCGACGGAGGGGCAAAGAAUUCACGCGAUUUCACGGGCAAAGUAGUACUGGUCACCGGAUCCAGUUCCGGCAUUGGGGAGGGUAUCGCUAAGCUGUUCUCAGUAUUGGGCGCCAAAGUUGUGGUCACCGGUAGGAAAGAAGAUCAAGUGAAACGUGUGGCACAAGAAGUUCAAGAAUUAUCGCCUAAAAGAUUAAAACCGUUGGCUGUUGUGGCCGAUGUGACCAAAACUGAUGACUUGAAUAGACUAUUGAAUCAAACGAUACAAACAUUUGGCAAAUUGGAUGUAUUGGUGAAUAACGCCGGUAUCGGGAUGUUUGCCGGCGUUAAGGAUAAAAACUUUAUGAAAUCGUUUGAUCUCAUAAAUCGUGUCAAUCUGAGGGCAUAUUUACGGUUAAGUCAGUUAUCGGUGCCAUAUCUCGAAGAAACCAACGGCACUAUUAUUAGUAUAUCAAGCAUAGCAUCCAUGUUACCGACUAAACUAGGAAUGGCUUAUGGAAUAUCCAAAUCAGGUGUGGAUAUGAUGACCAAGGUAUUAGCACUGGAAUUGGGGCCAAAGAUUAGAGUGAAUGCUGUCAAUCCCGGGUUAAUUGAAACAAACAUCAAGACCGGUAACACUGGUGUGGAUCCCGAUUUAAUUCCAAUAUUUGAGGCACAAAUGGUUAGCCGCACACCACUUAAGAUGAGGGGUAAGCCACUGGACGUGGCCUACGCUGUCGUAUACCUGGCCUCAAAAGAAGCUCAGUUUGUUAGCGGAGCUAAUCUUGUGGUCGACGGAGGACUUGUCUAUAACGCCGGAGGA